CCUUCAUUACUUUCAUUUUGCAAUCAAUGAACCUCUUGCCUUGUAAUCUGAUCUUUGCUGAUCAGACUAGUGCCUUUGGACAUCACCUAAUAAAUGGAACCGUGCUGAAAUAACUAGAAUUCUCAGCAAAAAGUCAACUGUUAUAUACAAACAUGUAAAAAAAGAUAUUGACGAAAAUGUUGUUUAAUGAGUAGUUCGUACGUAAGCACCGCUCAUUAUGGAACUGAAAGUUGUAUAGCAACAGUUUAAGAUUCACUCGAACUCUUUUUGUGUUUACGACCAGCUCUGUGUCUCAAUGGUCACUAGUCGAUUCUAUUUUGUAUUACUUGUUUGCAUUUUGAGUGCAUUUACUUCUGACCAACUGGUUUUAAGUUUAGCUGAGGAGAUCAGCAACAAUCAUUAAAACACAUUUUGUUGUGGCAAUUACAAAUAGAAUAUUACUAGUAAUGAAUAUUUAAUCAUCCAAAACAAUAAGUUGUUCAUUUUCCUUGACCAUAUUUGGUUAUAAAUGGUGAAUUGUGCUUUUGACAGAAGUAGUUUAUACAAUAGUCCGGCAAUUUCGGAAACACAAGAAAACAUCUAGUUCUAUCCUAAAACUUAUAUAUUUUCCUGUAUUUCUUCACUUGCUUUUGUUAGUGAAAAUUUCAUUAUUUCGAUGAAGAAUCUAUCAACUGAAGAGGCUGAGACUUGUUACACAUGUGCAAACACUUCUUACGUCGACACUUAAUAUCUUCUGAUGUAAUAACAGUUCCUCAAAGAACCUGGAGGCUUACAAACCAAAAUGUGGCAUUUACCUAUGAAGUUAUUGACAAUUUAAGUGAGCCAUGCUUGUAGGCACAAGCUGUCUGGUUCGGGUUCUCAUGAGUAUCACAGCCAGUGCUUGAAGACUAUCUAACAUGACUCAGAGUCAGUCGCAAUAACAUAAAUGCAUUCAUUCUUUUCUUUCCUUUAAAUCUUAAGUUUCAAAUUAUUUUAUAUAUUUUAUUCCGCGACUUCAUAGAUUUUUCUCCAAUUAGAUUGUCGGUGCCCAAUUUUUUAUCACUAAAAUUACUGCUUUUAUCGCUUGUUUAUUCAUCUUGAUAAUUUAAUCUUUUUGUUUUAACGUGAUGUGAUUUAGACAGAUGGAUACCUUUAACGGGUCCUAUUUUGUUUAUGAGUGUGUAACGGACUAUCCAACCAGGAUGUUUUUAAAACACCUCAAAUGUUAUACAUUUUCUCUGGGUAGCCAGCUAACAGAGCAUGUGCAGACAUUUAUAGAAUAUGUGACCGUUUCUUCGAAGUAUGUCUUCAAGAAUCCCAUUAUUGUAUGACUUGUUAUUGUAUACGAGAUUUAAAUCAUUUGGAUAUUGAACAUGCCAGAACGUUUUUUAGGAUUAUAAGUAGUGGGUGCUUGAAUCAUAAUUUGAAAAUAAACUAUUUCCAUAUUAGUUCAAUUAUAUAUAGUGUUAUCACUGUUUUGAUUGUAUCAAUUUUAUUUAUGUAGGAUUAACAUUUGGAUUUUCAUCAGCAACUACACUUCAAAUUUAUUUCAACACUAUUUGGGCAGCAGUUUUUGGUAGUUUGUUAAAUGUUGGUGGAGUAAUUGGAUCUCUGUUGUCGACGUGGCUUAUUUGCCAUUAUGGACAUCGUCGCACACUAUUCCUUUCUUAUAGUCUAUCUAUCUUGGGAUGGGUGUUAUUGUUUUUUUCAUCGCCAGCUGUCUACGAACAAUAUUCACCAACUGUUCAAUUUAUGUUAGGACGUCUGCUAACUGGUAUAGGAUGUGGAUUAACUUUGACUACUAAUGUGAUCUAUGUCUAUGAGAUAAUUCCAUCGUCAUCGAAAGUAUUGAUGGGAUCAUUGUUUCAAGUUGGUAUAACAUGCGGAAUUGUUGCUGAUUAUACACUUGCAAUUUUUUUGAACUGGGAUGUUAUUUCUUUGGUUUGCGCUCUGGCCGUUUCGUUUGUUGCCUUUUUAACUUACAUGUUACCCGAAUCUUCUGAAUGGUGCGUUAAAAUGGGUAAUUUACAAUCAGCUGAAGCAUCUCAUUAUUGGUUGUAUGGAAGUGUAAGUGAUUGUUAGGUCUACAAAUUUGUUUGAAAUAAGUAAAUUCUGUCCCAAAAAAUAUUAUAAAUACAGUGUAAUGAAUGAUUGUAUACAUCCCGUAAUUGACAGUAUCACACUUCUGUGCAAUUAUUUACUUGGUUCUGUGAGGUCUAUUACGUAAACCAUAAUGGAAAAAUAUUUUUGAGAUGCAAUUAUAACCAUGGUAUUAUUGAUCAAAUAGUAACUUCAUUGUUGAAUAUCUAGUUUUCUUCGAACAUCUCGUGUUGAGAUACAGAUAAUCUAAUGUUAUCUUUGAAGGAAAACCUAACCACUACAAUAGUCCUUGUUUCUAUACCUAUGCAAUCCAAGGCGUAUUGUCGAAAAAAUCGCUUUAUUGACUUAUUCUUGGGUACCUGGGUAUGAGCUGCACUCUAAGUGUAAGGGGGUCAGUAGUUCUCACCCAACUGCUCAAACUGGAAUAGUUGGAGAUAAGUACAAUCAACCAAUGGCAAAGUCUGAAACUGUUUCUUGAAAUGUUUUCUUUAUUUUCUCUCUGUCUGUUUCUGUAAAAGUAUUAGCCUCCAUUUAGAGUCUAUUAUUUUGUGUAAUUUCAACUUUACCUAUCAUAAAACUUAUUUACGCAAACGCUGGCGUAGAAAUGAAUAAAGUUACAGAGAACCAUAUGCAAUUGAAUCUAUGAAUGUAUUUAUCAAAGAGAUACCUUUUAAAGAAGAUGGGAAUAACUUGAUAAUCAAUGGAAAUGUUUCUCAUGAUUUAUCAAAUCUUAGCACAAAGUCAUACACUGGUUCUUCUUAUGUAUUGAUUGAUUCAACGUCUAAGCUUCGAACGAUUUUUAUACUUAUGACACUUCAACAGUUAACAGGGAUGAAUGUCAUAAUCUACUUUGCUGAAUCGAUUUGCCUUUAUGGUGGGCUAGUAUCAUAUCAAUGUGGAUCCAACAUGGGAUUGUGUCUGUUUAUUUCUAGUAUUGUAUCAGUGUUUGUGGUCAGAAAAUUCUCCUGGAAAAAAUUACUACAAGUUGGUGCCGUAAUCCUGGCUUUAUGCCAUCUGUGGUUUUCAUUAACGGUAUUAACUAGAUCUUCAAUGUCUUCAAUGCAUCAAAUUUAUUUAAUUAUAUGCGCUAUAACUUUUGCAUGUAGUUGGGGUCCAUUACCAUUAUUAAUCACAUUAGAAUCAUUUGGAACUGUCAAUCGUAAUUAUGCUAUUAAAUCAUCUUUAACAGUUGGUUGGAUUGUUGGCUUUUUUGUUAUAUUUAUAUUUGAACCAUUUAUAUCAUGGACAAAUGUAUCCGUUCUAUUUUGUAUAUUUUCAUUGUCAUGUUUAUUGUCUUGUGGUUAUGUUUAUUUUAAUAUUCAUGAUGUGAAAUUAAUGAAUACAACCUAAUUUGCUUGCCUUUUUUAUGGGUAUUAUUAAACUAAAUGAAGUGAACAUUUCACUGUAGUUUUGUUCAUUUAUUUAUAAUGGUUAACUCGGUUAACAAUUAUUUUGUUGACUGUACGUAAGUUUUGUUCUUGUUGAAGUCGGUGAAAUUCCUUUCUUUGAAAUUGAAAAUUCAUCAAUUAUUUAUUGUCUCUCUCUCUCUGUCACUGGACUUUACACUUCCUACUUCUACCACUAUGGGAUUUGAAUCGAAAACUACAUCUCUGUGCUAAUGUGGUAUUGCAACUCCAACGGAUGUACGUACGUACGAAGUUCUACGUUGUGACUGACAUCUUACAACUUAUCGUUGAGCUGGUUUUAUUCUCUUCAUCAUCUACAUAUAAAUUGGAAAGUGUAUCUCAUAGUAUUUAAUGAAGUUGUAGUAAUUGGUUUUACUAUCAUCUUCUUCACCUUUGGUUCAGGUACAAAUUCUUUUAAAUCGUAAAAGAUGAAUUAUACAUAUAGGUUCAUUCGUUAUCGAUCUUCUGCCAAAAUACAUUCUAUGUCUGGCCAUCGCCAUAUACAACUUAUAAGGAUAUAAGUAGACCACACUUGGACCUUAGAGCAUAAAUAAAACCAGUUUCAUUAUGACAAAUCGAUAUUUUCUUUUAUGUCACUUUACUGUUUAACCAUUGGCAUAAAUUAUCAAUUUGAAAUACCAAUACAGUUUAUACAUUCAGACUUUCCUAACUUUCAUUCCACUUACCGAAUGCUUUUCGUUUUUAUUGUUGUUGUCGUCGUCGUCGAAAGAAACUGUUGUCUUCUUCUUAAGAUCUCGUUUUCUGCCAAUAUUUAACGAUAUCUUUGUAAUUUUAUAGUUAUUAUCUCUAUUCCAAGCUUUUGGACAAUCAUUUCAUGACUUAAUAACAUUUCUAUUGAUUAUCAUAAUUAUUUCUAUAAUUUGUGUUUUUAUUUUUUAUUAUUCUUGGUUUUAUUGAGAUCACAAAUUCAAUAAAUCUGGUUUAGCUCA